UUAUAAGAUAAACGUCAAGUUUACAUUUUAUUUGAUAAGUCGAGGUGUGGUGUGUUGUUAAAUGAAUCAUAAUUUUUACCUUUACGUCCGGCGGAUAGCUAAUUAAUGAAAAAAUGGAUAAGCAAGGGAGAAAAGUGAUUGUCUGCGAUAACGGCACCGGUUUUGUAAAAUGCGGAUACGCUGCAAGCAAUUUUCCUGCUCAUAUCUUCCCAUCUAUGGUUGGUAGACCCAUUAUUCGGGCGGUUAAUAAAAUCGGAGAUAUUGAAGUAAAGGACUACCAUGUUGAUGAAAAUACCCUACCUGAUCUUAUGGUUGGAGAUGAAGCAUCCGCUUUACGUUCACUUUUAGAGUUAAGUUAUCCAAUGGAAAAUGGUGUUGUACGAAAUUGGGAGGAUAUGUGUCAUGUUUGGGAUUAUACUUUUGGACCAAAAAAGAUGAAUCUUGAUCCCAAAAAUACAAAGAUUCUUUUAACUGAACCUCCAAUGAAUCCAUUAAAAAAUCGUGAGAAAAUGAUUGAGGUUAUGUUUGAAAAAUAUGGAUUUGCAGGAACUUACAUUGCCAUCCAAGCUGUAUUAACUUUAUAUGCUCAGGGAUUAUUAUCUGGUGUUGUUGUGGAUUCUGGAGAUGGGGUAACACACAUUUGUCCAGUUUAUGAAGAAUUCUCUUUGCCGCAUUUAACACGACGAUUAGAUAUAGCCGGACGAGAUAUUACACGCUAUCUAAUUAAGCUUUUAUUAUUAAGGGGAUAUGCUUUUAAUCAUUCCGCUGAUUUUGAAACGGUCAGAAUCAUGAAAGAAAAACUUUGUUACAUUGGUUAUGACAUUGAAACAGAACAACGUUUAGCGUUAGAAACAACAGUUCUAGUUGAACCAUACACAUUACCAGAUGGUCGAGUUAUAAAAGUUGGUGGUGAACGAUUUGAAGCACCAGAAGCAUUAUUUCAACCUCAUUUAAUUAAUGUUGAAGGACAAGGAAUAGCUGAAUUGGUAUUUUCUACAAUACAGGCUGCCCAUAUUGAUAUGCGUUCAGAAUUAUAUAAACAUAUUGUUUUAUCGGGAGGAUCAACUAUGUAUCCUGGACUUCCAUCGCGGUUAGAACGCGAAAUAAAACAACUUUAUUUAGAACGUGUGCUAAAAAAUGAUAUUGAUAAACUGAACAAAUUUAAAAUAAGGAUUGAGGACCCGCCGCGACGUAAAGACAUGGUGUUUAUUGGCGGAGCUGUUCUCGCGGAAGUGAUGAAGGAUAAAGAUAAUUUUUGGAUUUCAAAACAAGAGUAUGAAGAUCAAGGAAUUAAUGUGUUGAAAAAAUUGGGUACUAGAGCCGGAUAAUAAUUUUAUUGAAACUGCAUUUUAAUUUUUACUGAGUAUUAAGUAUGCAAAUUAUAAUUUAAUGAUGUGUUAUAUACUGUAAUUAAACCCCCCAUUUUAAGUAUAUAUAAAUCUUUUUUUAAUUAUUGCAA